CGCAUCUCCGUUCUCCGCUGCUGAAGCGACUGCGGUGAACCAGAUGCCCUACUGUGAGCCGCUGCCUGUGGAUAUCGCGGAUGCCAGAGCAGAAUAGACCUAGUCGAGAGACAGACCCAUUCACACUCAGCCAAAGCGAAUAAAGGAGCGGGGUAGUGGGAGAGAUAAGGAGAGGUGGUUUUACGCGUUGUCAGUGUGGUUUUCAGCUUCGGAAAAAGAGCUACUGUAAGAGGAGGAGGACUCGCAAUAUUGGGCACUAGAAGAAGAAAAAAACGCGUUAUCCGGUUCUGCUGCUGCUGCGGCUCGUGAGCGCAUUCUCUGCUCCGUUUGGAAUACAAUGUGUCUGCAUGAGACCAUGGAGAUACGGAGUGGAUUUAUCAAAGAGCACUUCGACAGUUUAUGAACAAAACUGGACCGCUCUUUUUCUACGGCAUUUUGUCCCCCUUUUUCGUUGGGAUUGUGUUUUUUGUGUAUUUUUUCCGUUUGCAAAUUUUCGUUUGAUUUAUGGUGUUUUAUGAUUUAAUGUCAUAUUUGCCUUUUUUUUAAAAACUAUUUCGGUUUUUACUUUUCAUCGGUUUUGGAGGAGAACUGGAUUGACUCGUGAAGAUUUGUGGAGAGAAGAUUCCGCGUCGCUCAUGUGAAUGAUAUUCUAUCUCCCCAACUGAGACGUGCCAUGGAUGGAAAACUUAAUUUGCAUCAACGAAACCGAUCGGGAAAUAUCCGUUACAUCGAAUAACUACUGCUAACAGCAAUCUGGACGAAUGACAUAGGAUGAACACUACUGGCGGGGUGUGUCUGUGUGUGCUGUCGUCCCUCCUCGGUGUGGCCUGGGCCGUGGCUGCUCUAGUUCCUCUAGCUCUAGCUCCUCUUUCUACCCUGGCCGCUGCCUAUGGGGCUGUCAGUGGCGUCUCUCCCGGGGAGGCAGAGGGGGGCAGCCUCCCCUCCCAGUGCUCCAGCCUGGUAGCAGGGGUACUGUAUGGAUCUUUCUCUCUGAGAGAGCUGUUCCCGUCCCGGGUGCCGGGCUGUUCCUGGUCGUUGGAGAACCCCGAUCCCACCAAGUAUUCCCUCUAUCUCCGAUUCACCCGUCACCCCUCCAUCUGUCAAUCACACUCCCCCAUGCUCCUCCCCCUCGACCAUCAUCUAGCCAAUCAGAGCUGCCCGCUGGAUCUACAGACAUCAACUCAGGAUGUGAUAGACCUUUGCGGCAGCCAAUUAGAAUCGGAAGGACCUUAUUCAUUUUUGCAGUUCGACAAGAACUUUGUUGAGCUAUGCCUGUCGAGACUACCGUCACCUGAUGAACCGCCUGUAAGCAAGGAAACGCUAGAACUCCGGCUGGUUGAGGUUUUGCUAAUCAACAAUGAGAACUCCAGCCAGUUCACCUGUGGAGUACUCUGCCGAUGGUUUGAGGAGUGCCUGCGCAAUGGUCGUCAUGGAGACGGUGAUACUGCUGACGGUGACGGUUGCAGAGUUACGCAGACGGGGUGUGUGUGUCCUAACAACAAUGUGGUCGUGGCUCAGCCUGUACCUCUUCUCCCGUCAACACCCCAUAACAACGGAUCGCUGUUACCUGAGGAUUGCUGCGUCACAGAGCUGCACCAUAACAAUGCCAUCGCCAUAGCCCCCAGGGACGUCAGACAAGAUCCCUACUCAGACUCAGAUGAUGAUGACCUGAAGGUGAAGACACAGAGACCCAGAUCAGCAGACCAGCCAGGUGUGUUUCAGGCACAGACAGGUGACCCUGCAGCGGAGGAGUGGUCUCAGUGGAGUGUGUGUUCGUUAACGUGUGGUCAGGGUUGGCAGGUGAGGACGCGCUCGUGUGUGUCCUCUCCCUACGGCACCCUGUGUAGUGGCGCCCUGAGAGAGACACGUAUGUGUAACAAUACAGCCACCUGCCCCGGUGACCCAGCACUGAGCUCAGUGGAGGGCCAGUGGUUGGACUGGGCUCCGUGGUCUAGGUGCAGUGUAACCUGUUCCACAGGGAGCCAGCAGAGACAGAGGAGGUGUAGUGCAUCGGUGCACGUCUGGGCAGAGUGUAAGGGACCACACCAGGAGACCAGGGAGUGUACCAACCCAUCCUGCGGUGAUGGGGGUAACUGGGGCAGCUGGAACCACUGGAGUCUGUGCAGUAAGACAUGUGACUCAGGGUGGCAGCGUCGCUUCCGGAUGUGUGAGGGAACAGGGAUACAGGGUUACCCCUGUGACGGCUCUGGAGAGGAGGUCCGUUCCUGCAAUGACAAGAAGUGCCCCGCACCUCAUGAGAUCUGUAGAGACGAGUACCUUGUAGCCAUGACCUGGAAAAGUGCCUCGGCUGGAGAAACAGUCUACAACAAGUGUCCGACUAACACCACUGGAUCUGCUAGUCGUCGUUGCUUGCUGGACGCUAAUGGAGUUGCUUACUGGGGUCCUCCGAGCUUCGCCAGAUGCGUCUCGAUGGAAUUCAGAUAUUUACAUUUAUCUUUGCGAGAGCAUCUUGCGAAGGGUCAGAGGACCUUGGCUGGAGAGGGCAUGUCUCAGGUCGUGAGGAAUCUCCUGGAGCUCUUACAGAGGAGGAGCUAUUACAGCGGUGACCUCCUGUUCUCCACGGAGAUUCUCCGAAAUGUGACGGACACCUUCAAGAGAGCAACCUACAUCCCAGUACCCGACGACGCGCAGAAAUUCUUCCAGGUAGUCAGCUAUAUGUUGGACAUGGAAAACCUAGAGAAAUGGGAAGACGCUCACCAGGUUUCUCCUGGUGCGGCCCAUCUUAUGCGUAUAUUGGAGGACUUCAUCCAUCUAAUAGGAGAUGAUCAGAAACCUUUCCAGAGUUUCCUGGUGGUCACCAACAACCUCAUGAUAACGAUACAGCGAGAGCCCGUGACAGCGGUGUCCAGUGACAUCAACUUCCCCAUGAAGGGUAGGAGGGGCAUGAAGGACUGGGCUCGAUCCGCUGAAGACAAACUCUACAUCCCCAAAGAAGUCUUCACCCUCACCUCCGAUGAAACAGAAAAAGAGACUUCAUAUUUUGUCAUCGGCGCCAUCCUGUAUCGGACCUUAGGAGUCAUCCUACCUGCCCCCAAUGCCCCUGCUGUGAUCAACUCGAAGAUUCUGACGGUGACGGUCCGACCAGAACCCAAACCCAGUGAACCCAUGGUAGUGGUGGAGCUGUCCCCGCUGCUCAAUGGCACAUCAGAUCCUCAGUGUGUUGUCUGGGACUAUGGGAACCCGGAAGCUGGCGCUAAGAACUGGGACACAGAGGGCUGCCAAACACUCGCGUCUGCCGCCGUCCACACUAAAUGCCUGUGCAGCAGGAUCUCAACCUACGCUGUGCUAGCGCAACAAGUUAAAGACCCGGAAAUGGGUCCGUCCAGUAUGCCCUCUGUGCCCCUCAUGGUGGGUUGUGGGGUCUCCUGCAGUGCUCUGCUUAUCCUGUUGCUCAUCUAUGCUGCCUUCUGGAGGUAUAUUCGUUCGGAGAGGUCUAUAAUCUUGGUGAAUUUCUGUCUCUCCAUCCUGGCCUCCAACAUCUUGAUACUGGUUGGACAGUCCCAGACACUCGGCAAGGGCCUGUGUACUGUGACUGCUGCAUUCCUUCAUUUCUUCUUCUUGGCAUCGUUCUGCUGGGUACUGACAGAGGCGUGGCAGUCUUACCUGGCUGUGAUUGGCAAGAUGAGGACACGCCUCAUACGCAAACGCUUCCUGUGCCUGGGCUGGGGUCUCCCAGCCCUGGUGGUUGCUGUGUCAGUAGGUUUCACUAGAGCCAGAGGUUACGGUACACCCAGCUAUUGUUGGCUGUCCUUGGAAGGCGGGCUUCUCUACGCCUUUGUCGGUCCUGCAGCCGUCAUCGUAUUGGUGAACAUGCUGAUUGGUAUUGUGGUCUUCAACAAGCUCAUGUCUCGAGAUGGCAUCUCGGACAAGUCUAAAAAGCAAAGAGCUGGUCCACCGCUGGAGGCGUCGCGUAGCAGACUGCUCCUGAAAUGCUCCAAGUGUGGUGUGAUCUCAAGUACAGCUAUGUCCAGCUCUACAGCCAGCAGCGCCAUGGCGUCCCUGUGGAGUUCCUGUGUAGUUCUCCCUCUGCUGGCUCUGACUUGGAUGUCUGCUGUGUUGGCCAUUACCGACCGCCGCUCCACACUGUUCCAGGUCCUGUUUGCUGUCUUUGACUCUGUCCAGGGCUUUGUCAUCAUUACUGUGCACUGUGUCAUGCGCCGCGAGGUCCAGGACGCAGUGCGCUGUCGGAUGGGGGGAUGUAAAGAUGACAGCGAGAACUCACCGGACUCAUGCAAGAAUGGACAGGUGCAGAUCAUGACGGACUUUGAAAAAGAUGUGGACCUGGCGUGUCAAACAGAGAGAGGACACCCAUUCAUCUUCAAGGAGGUGAACACCUGUAACCCGGCAACCAUCACCGGGACCCUCUCCCGAAUCUCCCUUGAUGAAGAGGACGACCCUAAACUGGCGGCCCACCAGGAGGGGGGUUUAGGGGUCAACUUCAGCUCCCUCCCUGGAAACAUCCCCCCUCCUAACCUACUCGUUCAGGUGCCCCCGCUGGGUGUUCUGAACGAGCUGAGUGACACCCCUGUGAAGAAGGAGGUGAACAUGGAGCAGAAGAGGCAGCAUGGGAACCCCAGGAACACAGUGCCUGUAUACCUCUGCACCGAUAGCAGGCUGGGCUGGUCUCGACCGCCUCCUCCUCACAAUACCCAGGAUGGACCUAGCGUGGGAGGGGAGGGGGACUAUAUGGUGUUACCCCGUAGGACGGUCAGUCUAAAACCCCCUCCACCCCCGGGGCUGGGGCUGGGGGGCGAGGACAAACCCCUGAACAUCGCGGUGGAUGACCCGCCUUUCCCCCCGCCCCCCUCGCCCAUGACCCUCCACCCGGCGGAGAGCGAGGCCUACCCGGCCGACUUCAUCUCACCCGGCGACCACAACAUGAAUAUCGCAAUGAACAUGAACCGCUCCUACGGGACGCUCAAGCAGCUCCCCAUGCACGGGGGUCACGGACCUCUGGGCCACAUGCACGCUCCGGGCAGCCACGUGCAGGGCCAUGGGCAAUCACUGCAGCUGAAGCCGGGCCAGAGGCCGUCGGUGAGGCAGAUACUAACAGGAGGGGGAGGCACCCGGACCCUGCCACGCAACCUUGGCAGCACCAACGCUAACGCGAGCCUCUCUGCUGGCUCCCUGGAGAGGAAAAGAGUACGGUACUCUGAGCUGGAUUUUGAGAAAGUGAUGCACACUCGCAAAAGACACUCUGAGCUGUACCAUGAGCUCAACCACUCCACCACCAAGUUCCACACCAUAGACAGGUAUAACAGGGACCCCGCCAUGUCCACCUUCAAGUUUGACUGUAGCCAGGCAGCAAGCAGAACCGAGGGCAGCCAACACAAGAAAGAGGGAAAAGCGAUGGAGCAUUUCGUCUGCCGGAGGUGAAAAGAACUCUUCGAGUGACAAGUCGACCCCGACCCAAGACGACCAGCACUCCUGGGACAGCUUCAAGACCAUGACCCCUGAGCUGUCCAUUGUGCCGGGGGAGCAGAAGGACAGAAUGGAGCUGCACAACAAGACCACCUGGGACUCCUCGUCUGCCAACACACCUGACACGUCCGAGGGGGACUUCCAGACUGAAGUGUGAUGAGGCAGAGAAACACACACACACACACACACACACACACACAUACAGACACACACACAAAGAAACCCAGAUAACGCAUAUACACACAAAUACAAAUGUACACACAGACAGAAAUGCAAAAACAAGUACGUUCAGAAUCAGAGAAACACACACAGGUACACACACACACACACACACACAAACACAUACACACACACACAUACAGGUUCAAGGGUAGACAAAUAGGUAGCCACAUGUACAUACAUAGACAGACACACCGCACUCCUCCAAACCGCUCUUCACAUCCUAAAAUCUGCUCUCUAAAGGAUGAUAUAAUUUGUUUACUGCUACAGUGGACAAGGACAAAGCAAAGACAACUGUUCUCUUCUAUAUUUUCAAACAGACUUUAAAUGAGAGAACAGGGGCUUGGAAGAGACUGGGACUGAGAAAUUUUUAAAUGGACAAAAAAACGAAAAAAACUUUCUGAAAAAUGUCUUGGUUUUAUUCACUGGAAAAAAGGAUUCUCUUUCACCUGUUUGAUGAUUUGAAAAAAAAAUGAAUAUUUCUGCACCAUUCUGUUCUUUUUAUAGAGAAGAAAUCUCACUGAUGUUUGGCACACUGUUAAACCCCUUAGGCUCCCUCUCUUCAUUUCUCUCCUUCUUUCCCUUCUAAUGGAUGACGCAAGCACUCGUUUUUUCUUCUCUUUUUUUGGAGGGGUUGGGGAGGGGCAAGUAGGGAGGUAUAGAACGGAUCAUUGACAUGUGACAUCCUCUGCUGUUGCUAAGUUUCACACUCUUCUCUCGUCAUCCUUUUUCAAUGUCGUGUUUUUUCCUUUUUGUAUUGUUAAGAUUUUAGUUAUGCUGUCCUUUCUCUUUGGUUCAAUUUUUUUUAGCAACAAAAACAAUUUGUGACAAAAAAACCUUCAACUGAGUUUCCGUUGUUGUCUCAUUGUCUAUCUCUUAUAUGAAAGUCCUCUUUUAUUUUGAGCUUCCGUUCGUGCUUGUGCUGCCUUUUCCAUGCGGAAUUUUAAAGAGUGAUUUAUAACACAUCUGUGAUACGUGAGCUUGCUUUCUGAGGCAACAUGUUCUCAACGGUACACCUGUGGGAAUUGAGCGAAGGGUAUCAUCCAGAUUCACGCACAUUUCCAUCGCUCUUUUUCCAGUUCAGUAAAAAAAGUAUUUCAAAGUCUCGAAACAUUUGAAUCAAUUACAGACAUAACCAACCAAAGCUGUCUUUCUGUCAGGAGAGUGUAGCCUAUCUGAAAGUGUUGCUGUAGUAUUUCCCUUCCCUCCAUAUGGAUCCCAGGUCUUGUUAUAAGUGUAUUUCAAUUCUUCUAACUCCCACUACUUUAGGUGCUGUAUCGAUCACUGUGCCAUGCAUCUGCUCUCAUCCCCUCAAGAAAACAGGGAAAUAAAGUAAUCUAUAGUUUCAGAUGCAAGGACCUGAGGUGCUUUUGCUACUCAGCUUGUCCGUAGUUGUCUUUGUUGUGAAUGAAAGAGAGGAAGCAAAACAAGGAAUAGGUGGAUAGUUAGGAUAGCAACUCAACACAAACGUUCCACUUUGGUCAGAAACGCCGACAGGGCUUUUGUGGAAAAUGUAGACGGGUAUGAAAUCAAAGUAUAUCCCCAAACAUGUUCAUUGUGUAUCUCUCUCUCUCUCUCUCUCUCUCUCUCUCUCUCUCUCUCUCUCUCUCUCUCUCUCUCUCUCUCUCUCUCUCUCUCUCUCUCUCACUCUCGCAUUCCUCACUCCACCAUGGAUCAUGAAAUCUUCAUGUAACGGUGUAGUCCUUUCUAUCAGCUCUCACUCAAACACAACUCGAGGAGAGAGAGAGAGAGAUUAAAAUGAAACGGAGGAGAGAACAAAGUAAAAGAUGCGAGGGAGACAAAGGAAGAGAUAGAGAUGAUACAGGGAGUAAAAUGGGAUAGAGGUUUCCUAUUUAGUGCACAAAAUAUGGCACUGGUCAAAAGCAGUGCACUAAAUAGGUAAUAGAGUGCCAUUUGUGACGCAGACAAAUCACUUUUGAGUUGACUAUAUAAAGUUAACUGGUUUCAAAAUGUAAAACAUCAGACACAAAAAAACACCCACACCUGACUAUGUUUUAAUACUACACUAUUAGAAAAAAGGUGCUAUCUAGAACCCUAAAGGGUUCUUCGGCUGUCCCCAUAGGAGGACCAUUGAAAAUCCAUUUUUGGUUUCAGGUAGAAUCAUUGUGGGUUCCAUGUAGAACUCUUUCUACAGAGGGUCUACAUGGAUUCCAAAAGAGUUCUACCUGGAACCAAAAAAGAGUUCUCCUGUGGGGACAGAUGAAUAACCUUUUAGGGACCCUUUUUUCAAAGAGUAAAUAGCACCCUUCCACUAAUUCACUAUAUUCUUGACUCUCCACUCCCUUCACUAAGUACUGAGAGUUGGUUGGAGAGAUGAGGUGUUUUAAAGGUAUACCUCCUGCAUGGCACAUCUCCAGGGUUAGUCCUUACACACUCCUUAGCAGAUUUGCAAUACCUCCCAAUUAGACUAGGGCUGUGGACAGAAGGAUGAGAAAUAGAGAGAGAGUGCGAUAUUAAAUACAGUCUCACUGGUCUCUAGUAUAUGAGAGAAAGAGAGAGAGGAGGGAUAAAAAAGAGAACAAGCGAGAUUGACAGAACAGAAUACAAUGAGAGAAAAGAGAAUGAUAUAAAAUCAGUGAGAGAAAGAGUUAUAGAGUGAGAGUAAGGGAGAGCUAAAUAGGUAGAGAGAGAGAACUAGAGAUGGAGAGCAGCGGUGAGCUCUAACAGUAAUUAUCCAGGGGAAUGUCCUGACAUUUGUCCUGACAUUUUCCGAGGCUGCCCUCAAACCAUCUGUGUAAAGAUCCCUAAUGGUACAGCGUGGAAUACACACGCAGAUGGCAAGACAAGAGCGCCUGCCUCUCCAACCUUUACCGCUAAUCAGCUGAUAUGCAGCUCUAGCAGGAUGAAGUCGCCCCAGACGGUGAUCUAAGGUCAGUUUUGCAUUACCCCUCCCUAAUGGUUUGGGUUGGAAAUGUGGGCAGGGUAAACUGAUCCCAGAUCAUUUUCUAAUGGCUACUUAUCUCUGACUCAUCAUACAACUGUGAAGGGAAGGUUUGUGAUAGGUACUCAUGAGAUUGUAGAAUCACCUUAGUUCUCUUACACAGAGGAACAUCCUAAUCCUUGUUCAAUCCUAAUCUUAAUCCCAAAUGCCAGAACCAGGUUGAUAAAUACCACACUAGAGAGACAGGUAAGUGAGAGAGUGGGGAUGCAACUUCUUGAAUUGACAAACUUCUACAGAUCCUCAAGAAUCACUAGUGUUUAAAUUGGUCCAUGAUCAUGUGACGGUGCCUAAAUCUGUUUCAUUCCAUCAAUCAGUGUCCACUUCCUUGGUGAUCACCUCUGAUCUUUUCUGGGCUACCAGAAAACCCAUCUGAUUGAUACAGAAGAUAACUUCUCUAAUUCUAAAGCGAUGUGUUGUGUUAGUUUGUCAUGGGCUUUUGAAAAGUUUCAGACUAUGACUAUACAAUCUGUCAACGAGAACUUCAAUCAUGAAACUUCAAAACCGUGAAUCCUGUAAAGAUUUAGUGAAUUGCACAGAUGAGGUAUUGAAAGCAGUGUGUUUGAAAUGUAUCUUCAGAGUGUGUGGUUUGAUGCAAGAAUAUGAUACAUUUGCUAAACUCUAGAUAAAUGGGAGUUUGAUAGGUGAAAGAAACAGAAACUUUGAUCUUGGACUACAGAGGUUACCCUCCAACCUACCAUGCUUGAGAUGUUGACCUAGCUUCUCAUACAACCAUCAAAGCUGUCCCACUGGUGUUACAAAAGAAAGUCCCUCCUUCCUUUUCCUCCCACAUUCAUGUUUUUUAUACAUAAGAUUGUACAAAGUAGUCCUCUGUUUUCAUAGAGUGUCUUUUUUAUAUGAAAAUAAAUUUUCAAAUUGA